UUUACUUACUUAUUAACUAUAUUAUAAACUAUAAUAAAAUAAUCCUAAAAACUAAAGAUAAAUAA